AUGUGUGGUAUCUGCUGCGUGGUCAGUUUGACCACAGCGCAUAAUCCCCUGGACAAGCAUGUCCAUGAAAAUCUCAAGCACAGAGGGCCCAACUCUAGCUGGGACAUUACAGAGCCAAUCUCAAACGGCAGUUUAGUUUUCUCUGCACAUGUGCUUCACAUGAGAGGAUGCUUGACACCUCAGCCUCUUCAAGAUGACAAUGGAAACAUGCUUCUCUGGAACGGAGAGGUAUUUGGUGGUCUGAGAGUAGAACAGGGAGAAAAUGACACCAAAGUUGUUCUCCAUCACCUGUCAAUGGCGCAAAGUGCCUCAGAUAUGCUAUCUUUACUAUCGCAACUCAGAGGACCAUGGGCCUUUAUAUAUUACCAAAAAGUAGAGCGCUGUGUCUGGUUUGGGAGAGAUUUUUUUGGAAGAAGAAGUCUGCUUUGGAAAUUCGAUCCUGAAGGAACAUCUUUCACACUUUCAUCAGUUGCUUCCCUGCCAGUAGAUGAUAUUCAGUCCCAAUGGGAGGAAGUACCACCUAGUGGAGUGUACCGAUUUGACCUUAAAGACUCUUCACCUUUAGGUCCAUUUGUAUUUGAAUUUUUUCCAUGGGUUUUCCACAGUGGUGAAGAGCCAAAUGAAAGCCCGGAAUUGAAAUGCGUAGGUCUUCCCAGAUCUGUCACUGUAAAUAGUUCUGGACUUUACCUAAGUUCUCCUAUUUGUCCAAUGAAUAUUUCCAUUUCGUCAUUUACAACUGAACGAGAUCAGAAUGUUUCUCAAACCUCUGUUGAAAAUCUGAAAGGAUUUUUAACAAACUCUAAAAAGAAAGCAGUGGUUAGCACGCUCAUUGAUAUUCUAAGUGAGGCAGUCCGUAAGAGAGUACAGUACCUACCUGCUCAAGAUGAAAUGGCGAUCCCCAAUCAUAUGAAAGCUGAUAUUGCCAUUCUUUUUUCUGGGGGAAUUGAUUCAAUGAUAUUAGCUGUCCUUGCUGAUAGGCACAUCCCUGCAGACAAACCCAUUGACCUGCUCAAUGUUGCUUUCAAAAUCCAAGAACGAAAAGUGCCUCCCAAGUCUUUGAAGAAAGGGAAAAAUAAGAAGAAAGGCUGUGAUGCUGAUGAAAUGCAAUCGGAUCAACAGAGCUUUAACUGCUUUGAUGUGCCAGACAGAUUAACCGGUAGAGCUGGUCUGCAAGAACUAAAAAAACUCAGUCCAAAGCGCAAGUGGAACUUUAUCGAAAUUAACAUAACUCAAGAGGAGCUUAAAGAAAUGCGACAGAAAUGCAUCUGUCAUUUGGUGCACCCUUUGGACACUGUUCUGGAUGAUAGCCUCGGAUGUGCCGUCUGGUUUGCCGCCAGAGGAAUUGGCGUCAUAAAUGAGGGCAUAGAAGAACUUUAUACUUCAGAAGCAAAGGUGGUUUUGACUGGCAUCGGAGCAGAUGAACAGCUGGCGGGAUACUCCAGACACAGGGUGCGGUAUAAGAACUCAGGACUGGAAGGACUCGUCAAAGAGCUGGCCAUGGAAUUGGGACGAAUAUCCUCAAGAAAUCUUGGAAGGGAUGACCGAAUCAUUGGGGACCAUGGAAAAGAGGCCAGAUUCCCGUACUUGGAUGAAGAUGUAGUCAGUUUCCUUAACGGACUACCUGUGUCUGAGAAGGCUGACUUGUCUCUAUCUAGAGGAGUCGGAGAAAAGCUGUUACUGAGGUUGGCGGCUAUUGAGUUGGGAUUGGGACUCUCUGCUCUCUUGCCUAAGAGAGCCAUGCAGUUCGGCUCCAGAAUUGCUAAAUUAGAGGACAACCAUGAAAAGGCCUCGGAUAAGUGCAAAAGGCUUUUCACCACCUAAUUUAAUAUUCUGACAGGUGUCUUUUCUGGUUCUGUUCUUUUAACAUGGAUAUGCUCCUUAAAUGAUUGGUUUGGAGAAUUGGGAAUGAGUACAAUUAACACAUUUAUGGCAAUAAAAAACAAUUAAAACCAGUUUUAUUCUGUAUGUCAUUACAUGUUUGAACUACAUUAAAUAAACAGAAGGAUUUUGAAGUUGGUCCUUGAA